CCAAAACAUUUGUUUCCAAACAAGUCCGAUAUUUACUCCUAAAGUCCUACCGUGCAUAAAUAAUGGACUGGAUUUCACCUCCACUUUUAUUUUGAAGUUCAAAUUCAACAAAAGGAGAAGAAAAAAAAGCCCCAAAACUGACUUGAUAAUUAUGGAAAAAUAUUUGCCAUCAUCCGACUGCGGGACCCGCUGGCAGAAUUUCCCACUUCAAUCCCGCAAUUUCCUCCCCGGAACCGCCACUUCCGACGCCAGCAAUGCGCGAUCUGUUCGGGGUUUCGGGCUGAAUCGCUGAGUUCGGGUGAGUUGACUCGCUGAGUCGGACGGAGGAAAGAUGAUGCACGAAGCGGUGGAGAGCAGCACCGUGCACGGCGUCGGAGGAUUCUCGCAGUUGCAGAGCUGCGGGGAGAGCAGCGAGGAGGAGCUGUCGGUGUUGCCACGCCACACCAAGGUGGUCGUCACCGGAAACAACCGCACGAAGUCCGUGCUUGUGGGGCUUCAGGGCGUCGUCAAGAAAGCCGUCGGUCUAGGAGGCUGGCAUUGGCUGGUGCUUACCAAUGGAAUAGAGGUAAAGCUGCAAAGAAAUGCACUUAGUGUGCUUGAAGCUCCAACGGGCAAUGAGGAUGAUGAUGAGCUUGAGUUUGAAAAUUUUCAGUGGAAUGGUUCAGAUCUGGCUUCGGAUGACACUCAAAAGUCGCAUAGAUCAAGGCAUCGGAUGCAUAAGUUAUCAGGAUCAGCUCACAAGUCGAUGAGCCGUACCCUCUCAUUUGAUAUACAGUCCAAAGGAUCAUUUUCGACUUCUAGGAGAUCCACGAAGGUGGACUUGAGCAAGCUUGAAAUGACUACCCUAUGGAGAUACCAGCAACACUUCAAUCUUGUGGAUGUCAGGCCCAACCCAUCAAAGGAACAAUUAAUUGAUGUCGUCCAGAAGCAUUUUAUGUCUCAGCAAAUGGAUGAAAUGCAAGUGAUUGUGGGAUUUGUGAAGGCAGCCAAGCGGUUGAAGACCAUUUGCAGAUAAAAACGGAAGACAAUGAAUGGAAAAGCUCAAGCAAAGACAGUGUAAUAUUCCAUUCUAACACUAACAAGAGAGUUUCAGAGACAUUUGCUUAAUAUUCUAUGGGUAUUAGUAUAUAUAUUUAUAUACACUAAAUGGCGACAGUUCCUCUCCUUCCUAAUCUGCUUUGGGAGCGGUUGUAAGUUAUAACUUUAGGUUUAGCAGAGAGGAACUUUGAUGGGCUUGUAGUGACAUUAUAGUAGUAGUAGAAGAAGAUGAUGAUAUUAUGUAGAUAUAACAUUUGAGUCUGAACAAGAAAGAACGGAAGAGGGCAGAAUGGGGGUAUAUAUAUAUAUAUAGGAAGCGAAUCGCAACGACUUCCAAAGCCUUGAUCUGAUGAAACUAUGUAUCAUCACCUGCGGUUUGGAAGCGGCGUGGUGGGUUCAAUUCAGAUGUGUAUAAAAUCAUUCCAUCUUCAAUUUUCUCUAUGAAAUCUUGUGGAUUGUCAAGGUAA